AUGAAAGCCCUGUCUUUUGAUGGUAGGUUACAGUUAAUCUCUUCAGUUAUCUGCAGCACUGUCAAUUUUUGGAUCUCCGCUUUCAUGCUGCCAAAAGCCUGUAUCAAGCAGAUUGAAGGUAUGUGUAAUCAUUUCCUGUGGUCUAGUGAUAUUGCAAAGAAACAUGGAGUGAAAGUUGCUUGGAGCACUGUCUGUCAGCCUAAGGAAGAAGGAGGUCCGCUACUUCCUUUUGUUGGCCAUGAUGGUCCCCUUUUGAUGGGAAUUCCCAUAACUAGCAAUGUUGCUAAUGCCUGCACUGCCUUGGGAUGGAGAGUCCCUUCUCGCCGUGUUAGACAUCGUAGAGUUGCAGAAGCUCGCGACUGUCUGAUUGCUCACCCUCUUCCCACCCUAGCUCAAGGUCAUGGUGUUUUCUCUUGGGUCAUUCCAGGCUCUACGUCCCCUGACUUCUCCUCUGGGUUAACUUGGGAGCAUCUUCGUCCUAAAUUCCCCAAGCUCUUAUGGACUCAAUCUGUUUGGUUUAAAGGCUGCAUUCCCAAGCAUGCCUUUAAUUUUUGGGUGGCUCACCUGGAUAGACUUCCCGUCAGACAGAGACUUGCCACUUGGGGUAUUGAUGUUCAUGACACUUGUGUUUUGUGCAACCGGUUCUAUGAAUCAAGAGAUCAUUUGUUCCUGGAGUGUGAGUACAACAAAGACAUUUGUAGUAAGUUGUUUACGAAGCUGGGAGUGCCUCGUAUGCGGAUGCAGAAUUGGUCAGCUUUGAUCCAUUGGUUACAUGCUGCAAGGGGAAAACACCUUUUCACCAUUAAGCAUAUUGCAACUCAGGCCACGGUUUAUCUGAUAUGGAGGGAAAGGAACUAA